GGUCAGAGGGCUGUGGUAGAAAGCGGCCGCAGCCAUUUUAACCGCUCUGGACAUGAAGCUUCAACCAUUGAGGAGAGGCGUCAAGACCCUGACAGGAGUGUCCAACGGGUGUCAUUACCAUGGUGAGUCUCAAUCGCUUGAGUGUAGAAGAUCCCCAGGAUGUUUCCCCACUGCUGCCCGAGGCCGCAGAGCCGAAAGUGACGACGCCUGUAGAGCACGAGCGAGAAGCAAUGCCGCGCAAAGACUUUUUCAUCAGCAGGACAGAGAAUGCUGUCCUGAGUGUGCUGCUUCUGGCUGGAUGCUACUCUGCUAUUCUGAUUCCAGCAUAUUUCCCCCUGCGUAAAUUUGCUAUUACCGACGAUCAGUAUUCCAAACGGGAGGAGGUGCUGAACCUUUCGGCCUGGCUGCUGUCAGGCCGGUGUCAACGUCGCUGGUGCGUGGAGCGCCUGAAGCAGCUGCCAUGUUCCUCGGCUCUGACGGACAUCCCGGUGUUCCUGCGGCGAGAAGGCAGCACCGCCUGUUGGGACGCGCCCCCUCCUCUGGGGCUCCAUGGAAGCCAAGAGCAUCUGACCCGGGCUCUGGCCUUUCUGCCUCAGGUCGGCCUGCCCGAGACCCUGCGGCGAGACGGUGGCUGCAGAAGAUGCGUGGUGGUGGGCAGCGGAGGGGUCCUCCACGGGAGCCGUCUUGGAUUGCAUAUAGAUCAGUAUGAUGUCAUCAUCAGGAUGAAUAACGCUCCAGUGCUUGGCUACGAGAGAGACGCCGGUUCUCGCACGACCAUCCGCUUGAUCUAUCCAGAGGGAGCAUCCGGCUCUGCCGACGAGUACAACAAGACCUCCAUUGUUGCUCUUGUGGUUUUCAAGACUCUCGACCUGGACUGGCUCACCUCUGUCAUCUCGAAACAACCUCUGGGCUUCUGGUCCAAGUUGUGGUUCUGGAAGGAGGUGGUGGAUGAUAUUCCCUUGAGAGCAGAGAACUUCCGGAUCCUCCAUCCAGAGAUUAUUCGCAAGACUGGAGAAGUCCUUCAGAAAUACUCACAAAAACAAGGACGUUCAAUCGUGCCCACACUGGGGGCUGGCGCAGUGGUGAUGGCUCUGCAGCUGUGUGACCACGUGAGCUUGGCAGGCUUCGGUUACAACAUGCAGCACCCUCACGCUCCUCUUCACUACUAUGAGACUGUACGCAUGGCCGCAAUGAAGGCUCAGGAUGCCACCUGGACACCUUCCCAGCAAGGUGUUCCGGGCAUAUCCCGCUCGGAUGAGGCCUUGAGGACAACCCAGUGA